AUGCUACUAACAGCCAUUUUCGUGCUUCUUAAAGCAUGCACCGAGGCAAGCAGUGCAUUAAAAGGCAGCAAUGACUUAUCCUUUCAGGUAAUAUCCCCGACGAUAAUUAAAUGGCUACAAACAAGAAAAAAUAAAAGAUUUCUUCCUGUUGUUGUAAAAACGACAAAAAGAGAUUCAUUUUUAUCGCUAUAAAACUCCAAUUGAAAAGCAAGGAAAAGAGAACUGAAGUAUUGUGAGAGAUGAUCUCAAUCAUAGUUCUCCUUUUUAUGUCUUUUAGUUUCAUAGUUUUCCUAAAGUAACUUUUUCCUUGCCAAUAGCCUGGGACCAGGAUUCGCAGUAGGUGAAAAAAGGCAGAAAAAAAAAAACACUGCUGAGAGCCAAAAAAAAGCGCAAAGAAUAGGGGACGUUUCCUCGAUGGGUGUGGUCUACCUUGCAUACAUCAUUCAGAUCAUGGACUGGGUAGGUUACUGCAAGCUCAUAAAAGGACCGAUAGCGGCUUCGAUACGGGUACCAAGGGUUGUUUACAGGACAGCCUUGCGACGUAUGCCCAAAUUUUCAAAUUUUUUCCGGAAAGUUUGACAGUUUUCAUUCAACUCUGCUCCUGGCCGGAAUUUCUAGAAAUUUCAUUUGAACGCUUCGCUUUUCGGAAAUUCAACAGUUUCCGGAAUUUCAGGAAACGUUUCUGGGAAAUUUCUGUUCCAUUUGCUGCUAUUUCCAAAUUUUCUAAAGUUUUGGUUGAAUGGAAAGCACCCCUGUUUUUCCGGACGGAAUAUUCCAAAUAACGGAAAUUUGUGUUCCAUUUCUUCACAGCCUUCUUUAAUAUCAAUUUCAGGCCUUCGUGGUCGUUUUCCGGUAAAUGGUACUGAUUUGUACAAAAUAAUGGUAAAAGCGAUUCGGAGUCGAAAUUUACCAGUCCUGAAUUUUGGGUACCAUUUGCCCAAAUCAUAGACCGAUCAAUUUGCCCAUGUAAGUGGUAAACAACGUCAGAAUCUUCGGUCAGUUCUUGUGUUGUCAUUGUUAUUAACCUAAUAGUAUUCUUAUUCUAAAUUUGACGUUGAAAAUCAUGUAAUGGAUAUGUUAACUUGAGAGAGGGCUUCUAUUGGAUCAUUCAAGGCCCACUGAAAUCCUAGCCAAGCUGUCAACUUGCAAUGUGAAGAGGACAAGUCCGUUUUUCGUAGUGAAAAAGAAUUAUUUUUGUUUUCAGGAGUCCAAAGUGAAUAUCAGCUGGCAAGAUGAUGUUCUAUUAAUGGAAGAACGCGGUAAGUUUCCGUCGUAAUUUCUUUACGCAACUUAGUGGAGUAUUGUUCUUUUAAAAACGGAAUAAAGUGUUGUUGUUGUUGUAUUCGUAUAUAGAGAACAGACAACAUAAACGCAAAGAGGCUAUCCACGUCAGUAGAAACAGACUGUAAUGAACAGAGAAACGACAUCAGUAAGUUCGUCUGGUCUGUUAGGUCUUCAGUAUCACGCGUACGUGAUUUUCAAGAUCUUCAAAUAUGACAUAUAAAAACCUUUUGCUAGGGUUUGACUCUACCUUGAACUACCCAGAAAUUAAAGCUGGAAUAGGCUUUUUCCUAUGUCGUCUAUCGCACAAUGAGCAAACGUAUCAGAAUCACAUCGUGCAUGCGCAACAAACUAUUUACUUCGCUGACAUUUUAUUGUAUUGCAGGUGGAAAGAAAUGCAAAUACAAAGGUGUAUCGUACAGGAGAGGGCAAACCAUUUUAAAACCCAGAGCACCAAAUUACGAUCGGUGUGAAAAUUGCACGUGCGUCAGAAGAGGAAGGUUUGGAAAGUGUAAGACGGUUUACUACUGUGAUGCCAUUUUGGCCUGCGACAAAGAGGAUUACGUUUUUCCUGAAGAUGACUGCUGUCCUGUUUGUAAAAAAACAGGUGAGCAACCCAGGAAACCAUUCUUUUUUGAACCCACAAAUGAAACAUCUAGGCUUAAGAAAGAGAAGAUUUUAUACUUCCAAAUACUCUAUGGAAUUUGCAAUAUAGUUGAGGAAAUAUACGCGUGGGAGUAGAAACCCCUAUUUUAAAGCAAGAUCGUCAAAAUCGAGUGUUUAUUCUGUGCGAUUGCUCACCGAGGGGCGAGCAUCGCGGCUUAGCUCGGCUUAUAGCGGCCUGCAGCCCAACCCGCUCUAAGCAUCCUGUCUUUUACAUUCUGCUGCAGUCGGUGUAAAAUUGAGGCUUUGAUCAAGAAUUCCCUUUCGCGCCAAGCAAAGUUAUCAGAAAGGUUAUGCAUGCAGGCUUGGUCUAGUUUUUAUUAAAGUUAUCCUUAAAUUAAGAAUCCAAGGGUUUAGUUUAUACAAACAUAUGGUGUCGCGUCCUUGGAGGAGUGAAACCCCUAAAAUAUAUGGUUUUCUCAACUGAAUUAAUGACCGCGUUAAUCUACAACCACCGUAAUGUUGAAAACCAUGACGUUUCAAACGCUAGCCCUUCGUCAGAGUGGAUGUAUUCAUUUUGAAUCCAUUGGCUCUUUCGAAGAGUUAUAUCUCGGAACGACACAUUUGCAAUGUUCAUUUUUUACAAUAACUGACAGAUUUCUCGAGCGCUGAUUAGUCGAGAGCUAUGUUCUAUAAGGGUACAGACCACUGAAAUGACGUCAUGGUGGCGCGAUUUCUUUUUCUCUCUCUCGCGCGCGCGAUUUUCUGAGAAACAACUCUGCGCGCAGCUGCGGCUAGUGGUUCCACUUGUGGAUUUUGAACAUUUUGACGUCUUUUAUAUGGUUGGUAAGAGUAUAGACCAUGGAAAAUUGUUGUUGCUUUGUUAACUAGUCUUGUUAAUUGGACAAUACCCCACGUUCGAUAACAUCAAAAUUCUAAAAUUACUCCGAGGCUUUAGGGACAAAAUUACAAAUUUUUCACGACUCCAUUGUCUAGCAAUUCCCAUAAGAGACUUAUGACACAGAGAAUAAGGAAAUAAUACUUUAAAUAUCCUCUCCCCUUAUGGGCUUUUCAGGGGUAAUGCAUGAAACAAGUGUAAAAUAACAUGGUUAAAAAUCCCAUCUGGAAAGGAGGCAAACCAGUUGGUUAUUUUACAAGCGUGGCUGAGGAUUUGAACUCGGGACUACCGAGAACAAAUCCAGCUAGCGGUUAAGGAGGGACUUAAACUCGUGGCCUGCCUCCGGAUUACAAGUCCAGCGCUCUUUAAAAAACUAAAAAAAUUAUAGAAAUAUGACCAGGAAGCCUCGGAGUGAUGUUAGAAUUUUAAUAUACCAAACGUGGGCUAUUAAACGAGAACGCAAUUUUACUGUAGCUGCUAGAAUCCUUCAGUUUGUUGUUUUCUUGUACAGACUAACGCUACUGUUUUUUAAACGUCAACUGAAUUGACAAAUUUAAGUACAUUGGAACCUCGCUUUAAGGAGGUUUCGUUCAUUAUACCGGGGACUUCGUUAUACAGAGGUUCGUUAUAUCAAGGUUCCACUGUAAGAACGCAAAAUCAAAAUGAAUAUUGUUAACUGUAAAUCAAAUGCGUCAUCUUGAAAAUAAUGGUAUAUCUUGACUUUGUAACUCCGAGUUGAUGAAGUUAAUAUACCAUUAUUUUCACGAUGAUGUUUCAUCUGAGUUGAAACGGCUAAAUUUUUGCUCUUGCCUUGAGGAAUGAAGUACCAUUUAUUAGCAAAGGUAAAAAACGGUUUAAAGGUAGGCACCUCAUUCAGUUGGGAUAGUUUGGACCGCUAAUACUUCGUCCUAUUUCGAGCUCAUUAUGUUUGAUUACGUUUUCACACUGAAACUAAAGCCGAACAAAAUUUUGCCAAAGUUUCAAAGUAAAACCUUUUUGAAAAUACACGAAUAUCCAAGUGCUGAUGACUUUGAAGGCAAGAAAAGACUUCAUGGUGUUUAAACAGCGUGAUUUAUUGUGGAGUGGUUUACUUUAGCUGACUUUUUGUACGCUCGAAGCUAUGUUUACCACUACAGAGGAAAACGAGGUCGCUUUGUCACUGUUUUGAGAUUUCGGGAUUUUCUCGCAAGACCAAUUUUGCCUAUAAAUAGAAGUUAAUAUAUGGAGAAGAGAGGAAGGCAAAUAUUUUCGAAAAUUGUACGUGCCAGCAAGUUAACACGGCAAAGAACUUUGGAGAUAAUGAACGCUCACCUUGAUCGCAGCCGCUGUUGACAGCGUUUGCAAGAAGCGGCGAAGAAAACUUUCUCAUUCACGGUGAGUUGACAGAAACAAAUAAAGCUCUAGGUACUUUUCUUCUCAGAAUUGGGUAGUAAUUUAAAUUUUCGGCGUUUUCUUUUAAACCGUUGAUGCUAAAGCUUACAAAACUCGAUACAAAAGGAUUAAAACUAUCAUUUGCCAUGUUUGAAGAUACUGUAAAGAUCUAACUUUUGCGCAUUCACUGUUUACGGCUUCGUGUUCACGCAUGAAUUUUCACCCGUCAAUCAAACUAAUCGUUUUUUAAUGGUUUCCUUUCUGAUUCUGUUGAGAUCACUUCGUGUGAAUAUACUAAAACAAUUAUUCACCUCAGGCUCAGUUAAUAUUGUUGAAUAAUCCCCUCGACUUCGUCUCGGGGAUUAUUCAACAAUAUUAACUUCGCCUUCGGCAAAUAAUUGUUAAAUAUUCCUUACUUUUCUCAUUGUUAAUGAUCGACAGACUGCGGAGACCUAGAAGAAGGUCAGCAAUGGCAAAAGAUCAAAGAAAUUAAGGGAGAAAACCCUUUAAGAGGCAUAUGCACUAUCUGUGAAUGUAAAUACCAGGUUCAACGCUGUUCCGACAAUGAAUUUAUAUGCCGCAAUAUACCUGAUUGCUUGGAGACGGAGAUGAAACCAGGAUUUUGCUGUCCAGAAUGCAGUAUGUAUCCACUGAGAAUGUAGUAAGACAGGGGUGAGAUGUCCCUUCCUUCCUUUCCCUUCCACCCCUCAUCCCUUAGAGGCAUAAAUUGACCCAUCCUGCAUUCCUGUGAACAAAGGCACCGGCUCAAGGCACAAAUGAUCCACCCAAGUCUCGACCUCGUGUUAUUAGGGAGCUUUAGCAACGACGACGGCGACGGCAGCGAGGACGCCAAAAAAGCAAUGGGUUUAUUACGUAAAACAACAAGUUUGCACGUGCAUCACGCUUUUUUGUACAUUUCUUUACCGUCCUUGCACGACUACGACGUGAAAAAGGCUAAUUGCAAGUUUUAUGGAGGACGUAAACAAGCGACGACGAAUCUCUUUUUCUCUGUCUAAACUUGAGUUCGGUCCUCUAGAAAUCAACUCCAGGGAAAUUUGCCUACACUUGCCAUUUUCAACAAACUGGAAUAAACGCGACAAAGUUUGAAAAAACGGGAAUUCAUUUUAAAACUGACGUUUUCGCUGCCGUUGCCGUCGUCGAUGCUAAAGCUCCCUAUUUUAGGUGCGACGGAUGACAAGUGCUAUUUGGAGAAUAUCUGACUGACUAAACUUUUGAUCCUGAAUUUGCUGGGGAACAUCAAAUGACGAUGGGAACUGAACAUCGAUCGAGGUUAAAGCGUGUUUUCAAAGUAAAGAAAAUUUCAAUAAGUAAUGAAAUAGCUAUUGGGUUCGGCUCUCAUGAGAGAAUUUAGCAGAUCGACCGAGAUCACCCUGUGAGCAGAACUUCCUUUUAACCUUCUUGAGUGGGGAGAAAAAAUGGGGGCUCUGUCUGAAUCACAUCCAGUCUUCAAGGCGCCGAAGCCAGGACUUCUGCAGCUUCUGGACUAGUUAAUCUUGUUUUCUAUCGUCAAACUGGUUUUCCGAGUGCGAAAAUCCGUUCCGCAACAACUAAGCUCGCGGUAGCAAGCGCAAGGCUAUUAGGCCUGGGUCCUAGCAACAAGCAGGACAUGCUCAACAAAGUCGGAUCUGAUUCGAUUCAUGGAGUGUCAUUCUUGAGACACCAAAAGUGGAGCAAGUAAAGGAAAAGCAUUGCUAGCAGAGCGGACAGAGAUCUACAUAAUUCUUCAGAUUAUAGCAAACCUCACUCAAUAAUUGCUAAUUAUUUUGUAGGUCGAGGUGUGAUAUGUCGGUAGAGUGGUGAAGGGUUUGAAUGAUUUCUAGGUCAUCAAACAGGCCCUUCAUUCUGAUUUUCCUUUAUCCAUCCAUGCUUUUAUUUCAGAAACAUGGGCCAAACCCACGACUGAACCCUUGUCGAUCAUAUCAUUGGAACCGGAUAGAGGAUCGAGCGAAAACAGUGAUGGUCAACCUCAAAAUUAAAGCGGUAUUUUCACUCUUUUGGCUCCUGUUAGUGACUUCACCAGGAUAUUUUUUGGCCCACCAAUGUCCACAGCAAGGCUGUCAUGUAGUAGUGAAUCCCAGUUGAACUGAAAUUAAUCAUUUGUUUGUAAAUCAAACAAACGAUUGUGAUUAACGAACUUACUAAUUCAAGGGAAGCACAAUGUAACUUACUCUGAGAAUUCUCGGUCGUUUUGUGGUAUUAAGUACCACCUAUUAAAGUACUAGUCAAUUGGUAAAGUUAACCUUACAAUACCAGGUAUCAUUGCUUCAGUUCGUUUAGAAUAUCUAAAUAAUAGCUUUUGUCCCAAAAGAAGUAUUGGCAUUACUCUUCUCAAUUUACUUUACGCAAAAAAAGCUAUCAUCUACGACCUUUUUGUUAACUUUUUAAAAUGUUUUUUUUUAAUUAAUUGUCUCUGCACCUUUGAUGGAUUCAUUAGCUUUAACUUUCCUAAUCGAGAGGUGGGGGAAUAUUUCUUUCGGUUUUGAGGAUAAGGACAAAAAUAAUAAAAGCUUAUUUAAAAAAAAAUAUCCUCAGCCUCGUGGCCCCGGAGUACGCAAAAUCAGGAAUGUAGCUUAAAACUGUUUCAGGUCAAUUCGCUACAAGAUGAAUAUGUUUCAUAUGGGUCAGUCGAAACACAAUUUUAGUUUCAAUGAGUGACAGUGGCGUGAGUUAUUAAUUUUAUUUUUCCUUUGUCUUACUUAACAGGUGAAGUUUAUUGUAUUGAAAACAAGUACUGAUGCUGCUGAUCUCAUUCAUAAGCUUAGCAAUAAUUUUAAGUUAAUCUAUUCAAAACAGACCUAUUCAGUUAGACUGUCUUCCCGUAUGGAGGAAAGUCGAUAAAUUCCGCUGUCUGCACUCCGUUGAUUUUCAACUUUGCGUUUGGUGUGUAACUUCUCUCCGCUUCGACAAGCCCGUUGUUAACUGAGAGCACUGAAUAAUUUAAAAGAUAUACACUAGAGAUUUAUAAAGUGAACUGAAGUGAACUGAUAAUAUGGACCUACGAGAGACGCUACGAAUGUAAAGCCCCACUACUAUCAUGUUUUUCUGAAUAAGUUUUAAUUUCUUGUCGGCGUAAAUGGUC